AUGCAGAGUAGAAGAUUGCAGUUAGACUCGAACAUCGAGAGAAAAGAUGGACAUAACGGCAAUAACUGUCAUGGAGAGGUGCAGUACUGUGAGGAUGUAGCUGAGUCUCUAGAGCUGGUAAGGGCACUGCAGAAAACGUAUCGACAAUUCCACAAAGCAGUAGCUGUAGUUCCACCCAUUUCUCAGCAGCCCCCCAGUCCAGAAAAAAAUGAUCAUGUCCCCACAAGCGCCGAUGACAGCCUUCCUUUCAAGAUCGAUGCUGUCUGUACUCUUGUUACGGAGGGCAAGAAUGUGGAGCAAGAGUCAAAUGCACCGAGUCUGCCCAGAGAGACCAUCAAGGAAUUACUGCAGUUGUUUUCAAUACCAGACCCCGAGACACAGGAACCUAACAAACCUGAAGAUGGAUCUACAGUCGACAGCCUAAUACCUGACACUCAAAGCACAGACAUUCCUCAGUCUCAGAUUGACUCUUCCACAUCUCAAGACCCUGUUUGCUCUACUGUCUCGACCUCAAAAAGUCCAGAGGAUCACAACGAAGUCCAAACUGGUCAGUCAAAUGGCAACAUGUUUGAUGUGUCCAAGAUACAAGUGCUUAAGUUUACACCGAAGAAAUUUAUUGAGUUUGUGAAGGUUUUAGAAAGCACAACAGAAGGAAGUGUAAAAGAGCCAGUAGCAGAUGUUAGGAAGUGUCUCUUGGAUCUCUAUUGGGACGGAAGCGUAAUAAACCUUGUUAAACAAAUACAAACAGUCACUGAAGAGAUAUCUGGCUUCUCUACUGAAGUGUCCAUAAAAGAAAUGCAGACAGCCGUUUUUCACUACCUUAAACCUGAACUGUUAAAGAUGCUGGAACAUGGUUACCACAUUCUGAAAGAUGACACAAACUUACCAGCUGAGGACUUUAUGUCGUCAUGGUUGAACAUCGAUGGACAGCCUGCUGAUGUAGACAGUGUUCUUUCGGAACCAAUUUUGGACUUUAACUUUACCGAUUAUGCUUUACACGGAAGUUUCAACGCACUUGACAUUUAUUCCGAGUUUGAACCUUCUACAAAGGUGAUCCCUGCAACAACUGACUGCCAGGAUGACCAGAUGAUUAACAAAGAGCUUGCAAACACACAGGUAUGUGAAAGUAAAUCCACCGAUAAAGUCUCCAGCACACAAGAAGCAUCAAAGAAGCAAGAAGAUGAAAACCUUGAGAAACAUCAGCAGCAAGAUGUAAAUAUGAAUCCUGAAGAAUCUGUAGAUGCAAAUGAAAUAGCAGACACACUGACUGAGAGCGAAACCGAAUGCGAACAAGUCUGCGGAGAUGCAAGUGAGGAUAUCGCUUCUUCCUCUGAAAUGGUUGAACAGAAAUAUCUUUCUAAUGAUGAUUCCAGUAAUGACUCCCAAUUAAUUGAACUCUCACUUCUGUCAUCUGAUGAUGCUAGAACCAUUUUUAAGGAAUACUCUGGUUCUGAUUUACAAAAAGAGCCAUGCCAAGAUGAAGCAAAGGGUUCCACCACCUCAGACAAUAAGUCUAAUGAGUUCUGCAAUUCAACCAAUCAAAUCAAAUUUACUUGCCCUCAUGUGACCUACAUCGACUGGAAUGGUGACGAUUUCUGCCCCAGGUGCUGGGAAGAAACUCCUUUGCUGGAUCUAGAUCUGGAAGAAGCUCUGUUCAGCCCAAAGGCGGUUAGUUCUACUCCUAAUAAACAAGAUCAUCAUAAUCACAGCUGUAGUCCACAAUCUGGAAAGCCAGAUUCAAAUUGUACUGUAUUGUCAGAGGGUAGCAGCAUAUCUGACUCAUCUACUCCAAAGGUAUUUGAAGGGACCAUCUACGAACCAGACCCUAAUCCAUGUAAUGCAGUAGAAAGCUGUACUCCUCUGUCUGGUAAAUCACCAGUUGAAGAACUACAUUCACCCGUGUGCACUGAAAGUGUUGGCUUCACUAUGCCAGUUGAAGAACAAGUCUGUGAGACCAACAGUUCAAAGGGCCCAAAGUUACCCAAGGCUCUGUCGUAUGCACAAAACCUAGUCAUUCCAGAGCAGACCAAAACCCCAAGAGAUGAAGUUUCUCCACCAAAAAGUCUACCAUGCAAAAAGUUCAAGCUAACCAAAACUACAGCAAUACCUGCUGGAGAUGACCUUUUCACUGCUGGUAUUGAGACCACAAAAGCUAGUGCCCAAAAACCACAUUCAAAUGAUCUUGAUGUUACUCCAGCUGAAGGUGACCAGAAUUGUAAAGAUGAAAGAAAAGAAACAGGAGAAGUAAGAAGGUCUCCAAUCAAGCUGAAAAUGAAUGCUCAGUGUACACAAUCUGGUACACCAGACCCAAAUGUGAAUGUAUCCUCAGAGACUAGCAGUGUCUCUUCAAAUCCUUCAACCUAUGGAGUUAAUAUGAGUAUCACAGAACCAGACCCUAAUCUAGGUGAUUCAGUACAGAACUCUAACUCACCAUCUGCUAAAUCAGCAGAUAAAGAAGCACAUAGACUAGUAUGUUCAGAGAUCGUCAGGGUCACUUUGUCAGUUGAACAAGUUUGUGAGGCAAAUAGUUGGUCAAGAGCAGAGUUAUCCAAGACUCCCGCACAAAACAUUGAACAGAAAAGGCCAGUCAUUCUGUCACAUACCAAAACAUCUAGAAAAAAAAAUUCUCCACCAAGAUAUCCUCCAUGUAAAAGGGUAAAGGUUACCAAAACUGUAUCAAUACAUGCUGAAGAUGACCUUUUCACCCCUGAUAUUGUGGUCAAAAAAGCUAGCUCCCCAAUACCACAUCCAAGUGACCCUACUGUUACUCCUGCUAAAAAUAACCAGUAUUGCAAAUAUGAAAGGAAGGAAAGAGGAGAAGAAAGAAAGUCUCCAAUCAUGUUGAAACUUCAACGUAAGCAACAUUCUGGCCCAACCAAAACAGAUUCACAUGGGAAAUGGUACAAGCCAUCUGUUAAGUCCCAAGUGCCAAAUGUUACACCUCAGCCGAAAAGUUCAGAUGCAAACAAAGGCAAAGAACUUGGUAAGACAAAACAAACUGGACAAAACAAAGAAAAGCUGAGAUUUUCGCUGUAUGGAUACAGUAAUGGCGACAGGAACAGAAUCGUCCAUCAAUGUACCAGGACAAAGUCGUCCACAGCUCCUGCUUACGUCACAAUCUCAAACAGCCUUGAAACUGCACAGAGCUACACGGAUGCACCUUCGGCUAAGCAAAAGGUCUAUAGCCAGUGGAGUAGCACAUUUGUGGAAACAAAAAAGAAUACCUCUUCACAUAAGAAGCAUCAAAAACCUGUGAAAGCAGAACUGAAAUCCAGGACACCAGCACUCAAAAGACUUGUUCAAGACAGAUUCGCUAUGAAAGAGAAGCAAUCCACAAAGGAUCUGAGGCAUAAACAAAGUGCUGAAGAUUUUAUUGUUGAACAAGAAGCCAAAAGGUUGAAGUGUAACACUGCUGAUGAAAACUUAUAACCAUGGACACACAAACUACAACGGUUCUUAUGUAGUAUGUUCGAAAAUACACUUGUACUCUACGCUUUUCAGUGUCAAAUAAUCAUUGCUUAUAAACUCUUUUUAUGGUAAAUUGUCAAAUCUGGAUUAUUUCAGUGCUGAAUCCAUACUCUGCUCAUUUCUUUUCUUUCACUAGUAAUUGCUAGUGAAAGAGAAGGCUCUCUCUCUCUUUUUUUUAAAUCUAUUUCCAAUUCCAGUGAUAUAACCUACUUUAACGGUUGUUUUGUUUAACUGAUAAUAUACUGUGUUAUCAAUUUAAUUCACCACUUUUUUUUAGUGGUUUUAUGAAUGCUAAAAUAUUGUUUUGCUCUAUGAGCUGGGAGCUUGAUAACUGUGGAACUUUUUUACCUUUUUAUAUUGUUGAGGUUUUACAAUGUAUUAUUUGUAUUUUUUACAAUAAAGUUUUGUAUGAAGAUGUUGUCAUGUUACUGGACGAAUUAGUUAUGACAAACAAUACAAUUGUUUGAACAAAUUAUGAACACAGAGGUGUUCACAGUUGUUCACAGUUGUUUGUACAGUGGGGGAAAUAAGUAUUGAAUGUGUCAACAUUUUUUUCAGUAAAUAUAUUUCCAAUGAGGCUAUUCACAUUAAAUUUUCACCAGACAUCAGUAUUAACUCAAGAAAUCCAGGAAUAUAAAGAAUUCACAACAUUAAAGUCCAUAAAUAAAGUUAUGUGUAAUAAAGUGGAAUUACACAGGAAAAAAAGUAUUGAACACGCUAAGAAAAAGCAGUUCUCCAAUGCAAGGAACCAUCUGUAAGUAAUUAUACCCCCGUCUGUGAAAAUUAAUAUCAGCUGGGUUAGUAAAUUGAUGGUCUAUAAAAAGGCUUUUUGUUACCAAGGUGUCAUAGAAAAAACAUCUCAUGAUGGGUAAAAGCAAAGAGCUCUCCCAAGACCUUCGCAACCUUAUUGUUGCAAAACAUAUUGAUACAGAUACAGACGUAUUUCUAAACUUCUGAAUCCUCCAGUAAGCACCACUGGGGCCAUCAAACAUCACUCCGUCAUCAACCGGCCACGCACAGGAGCUCCUCGCAAAAUUUCUGACCAGGGAGUCAGAAGAAUAGUCAGAAGAGUAGCCCAAGAGCCAAGGACCAGAAAGAGCUCCAGAAACACUUGGAGGCAGCAGGUGCCAUCGUCAUAGAGAAAACAAUAGGCAAUGCUCUCCACUGCUCACACUCACCCCACAAGACUCCAUUACUAAAGAAAAGGCAUGUCGAAGCUCGUUUAAAGUUUGCUACAACUCAUUUGGACAAGCCUAUGAAAUACUGGGAGAGUGUAGUCUGGUCAGACGAGAGUAAAAUGUAACUUUUUGUCAGUCAUACUAAACACCAUGUCUGGAGAAGAAAUGACACUGCACAUCACCCUCAAAACACUUUACCAACAGUGAAGUUUGGAGGUGGAAGCAUCAUGGUGUGGGGCUGUUUUUCAUCACAUGGUACUGGCAGACUUCAUAUAAUUGAAGGAACGAUGAAUGGACCCCUUUACCGGGAGAUUCUUGAGAAGAAUCUGCUGCCAUCCACCAGGAUGAUGAAGAUGAGACGUGGGUGGAGCUUCCAGCAGGACAACGAUCCAAAGCUUACAGCAAAAGAGAAGAGCAAGAAAAGAAAGAGCAGAGGAAAAGGCCAGAAGAAUGAUGGAUCAUCGGGGGAUGUUGAUCACAGAUGACUACCACACGAUCCUGCAAUAUCUGAGUUCCCCACAGAUCGCUUUAGCUGCAAUGGCUAAUCAACUCUGGAAAUGCCAUAGGGAUGUUCAGAAACAGAUAAGAAAAGUCAUAAAAAUAAGUAGAGUAUUAAGGACUAAAAUGUAUAUAGAGGAUAUUGCUUUUAAUAAAGCGACCAGCAUGCAAGUCUGUUCACUGAGCAAAAAAAAACACUUCCUGACCCACAUGAAUAUGAACAUGAUCUAAGCCAGGCUAUUAUGUACAUGACACCUGAAUAAGUAUAGAAAGUUAAAAUAGAUGCUGAUAUGCUUCUGCUUGUAUAUGUGUAAUAAAGAAGAAGCGCAAGGUGUUAAAACAACAAGGGUUUGAAAUGUCUUUGGCUUCCUUAUUUUAAACCAGUAUCUUAAAAACACAGAGGUUUAAAUGUCACUGAGGCCUAAUGACGCCUGAAGGUAGAUACAACAGGAUAUUGUGGGUUAGCCUAACAUCUUGUGCUCAGUGACUGACAGGGUUUGAAAUGCUCUCUGGAAAGUAUGUUGUAUGCUAUUUUGAAAAAUGAACGUGUAACCUCUGACUCAUAUACCGAAUUGAUGUGAUGACAGUUGACACUAAAGUUCCUAUUUAUAAAAAUCGAGAUCCAAUGUGCCUGCUGAAAUUUAUAUAAUAUGUCUGAAUAUGUUCAUUCUUCACCAAGAUUUCCCUGGUCAAGAUCUACGCGUGGUGAAGAUAUUCUUAACGGCUGUAUUGUUAACUGUUAUCCUGUUUGAAACUUGUUAUUCUGUAAGAAACGAAUCCACUUAAGUGGAGAUUUGUAAACUCAGGAAAUGACUAGUGAGUCCUCUUUUUCUAUGAUAGACUAAGAAUAGAGUUUCUUAUUUUCUUCAUCUGGUGAUCAAUGUGUAAUCCUAAGGUGUAAGGCCUCUCCUGCCCCAGAGGCUCGGACCUCGACCUGAUCUGUUGUCACAGGACGUUCAGAGGUGAACUGAUCAUCUGACGAGACAACUGGAGCCUAAAAACUCACAUUGAUGACCUGAGUUGUGCGUCAACUAGGAUGUGACUGACGUCCAGAUAAUCGAUGGAGAUACUCUUCUGAUGCACAGCCAUGUGUGGAAAUUUUCUAAAUGUAUCUAUGCCUUAACCAAUCAGAAUCAUCCAACCUGAUGUAAUGACUAGCUUAGUGACUGUGUGAAAGUAUACUUGUUGAUGUAAUGAGUGUCAUUGCAGCGCGGCCUACGAACUCCUUUCGGAUGAGACUGCAAACUAUUCUUCAGUAAAAAUUUUCUUCAGUUGAUUGCAUCUCUUGACUCCUGGCCUUCCUUCAUCAUAUCUGGUCCUUGGGUCUUUAACUGUAACUUCCCCUACACUAUCACGAGGAUGCACUGACCUGUCCGUCUCAGCAUAAAUAAACCAGACUGAGAUGAAGAUUCAUUUUACUUCACACAAGAAAAGGAAGAUAUUAGUUCAAUUCAUUUUCAUUUUCCUAAAAUAAACCAAAUACAUCUUAAAAUCAUUAUUAUCUGCUUCUAUUAGCUGAUUGGUUAGUACAAGAAUGAAAUAAAACUAUCUAACCUUAAAGUAACCUUAGUUAAGUUUGCACAGACUUUCACUUCUCCAAAAUCAGUUGAUGGAGGAAGGAAGUUUUGUUUGCCAGGAUAUCUUACAAUGUGUGCUAUUGCAAAACUGUGUGUGUGUGUGUGUGUGUGUGUUUUGUUGGGGGUGUUUGAGACAGUUUAAUCUUUGUACUUCAUGUUCUUUUGUCUUCCUAAUGAGUUAAUGUCUAGAAUCUAUGCCAUUUCAGGUAUGUAUUGCAUUCUGUUCAGAC